UGGACGUCGUGGCUUUCUCUGUGAGACGUCAUCAAGUUGGUUUCUUCUUUAGUGUUCUGGAUCAGUUGGAGUUUAGUUACAGAAGCAGUCAACAAGAUUCAAUCUUCAAUCUUCUACCCACAAACUCCUGAAACCUGCAGUAUUAAACAAAAUGCCUGGACCUGCAGCUAGUGUGACAAAUGUUGGUGCCUCCAGCCGUUCCCCAAGUAAGACAGUGGCCCCUCGUGCUGCUGGCACCUCAGCCAGACAGAGGAAAGCCCCCAGCAGUGGUGCACGCAGUGGAGCCAGAUCCACAGCAACAGCUGGCACAGGAGGGAUGUGGCGCUUUUACACUGAAGACUCACCAGGACUUAAAGUUGGCCCAGUACCAGUUUUGGUGAUGAGUCUGCUCUUUAUUGCAUCUGUAUUCAUGCUGCACAUCUGGGGAAAGUACACCCGCUCCUAAACCUGAAUGACUCUAAAUUCUGACCCCUAAAACCUGACACAGAAUCUUAAGCCAUUGGACUUGGACCAAACUCUGACCAUCAACACCCCCAUCCCCUUCCUUUAUGACCUCUGUUUCAAGGGGUUUCACCCACCAAAAGAGUUUACCCAGCCACUACAACCAUUUAGCUUUUUUUCACCAGAUCAGGACAUCCUUUUUUAUUUUUAUCUUUGUUCAAAUUAAUAUUUAAAAUUGUACAAUACGUCUGUUAUCUGUCUGUUUUUUCUUCAAUGUACUUGGAAAAACAAAGAAAAUCACAGGGUAUGAAUUGCAUAUGGUGUCAUUUGUUUAUCUUCAGUCUAUGGCAUAACAAGGGGUUCUAUGCAAAUGUAAAUUCCAUUUGAGCUGGUUAGGCUCCACCCAUGUCUGAACAUGACAUCAUAAUGUGCUAUUGCUCAAAUCCCAUUAACACUAACACUUUGCUUCCAUGUGAUGGUAGAAAACAGGGUAUUUCUUUCAAUGAUAAAUGUUAAUUGUAUGUUUUAGAACUGAAUAAUAGUACUACAAACUAAUGUGGGCUUUACCUUAUGAGUAGUUCACCCAAAUGUUACAAUUCUGUCAUUUACUCACCCCAAUAUUGUCCAAACCUGUACAACUACUGUACACCACAGAAGAAUAAAAUAUCCUGGCCACUCU